GCCACGGACAAGCGAAAGCGGGAGGAUACGACGAGGCGGGCAGCGGCGGCCAACCACCACCGUGUCCUCCCCUCCCCUCGGUAGACGGUAGGUUGGCUGGCGGGCGAGGGAGGAGGAGGUUGAGCUGAGGCCUGAGCUGGGCUGUCUCUACCCUUCCUCCUCCGCGUCGUCGUCGCGCGCGCCCACGCAGCGUCCCUGACCAGCUGUACAUACACACGCGGAAAGGCACAGCGCUGCCGCCGCUGCACAGCUGGGCGAGGCCGGCCGUCGCGGAGCUCGGAGACCCAGCCCUCCUUUAAUUAGGGUGGGCGCCGAGCCGAGCCCGGGCAUAAAGACGGCCCCCCGGCCGGCCGCGACCCCUGCCCUGCCCCCGGACACCGUCCUCUGCCCUCCGCUCCGUCGCUCCGUCGCCCCCUCCGUCCCGCCGCCGCGGUCUCUCUCUUCCCUCUUGCGAGAGGGGGAAGGGAGAGGGGGCAGGGAGGCGGAGGACGAGGACGAGGACGGGGAGGGGGGAGGAAGAACAAGCAGCAGCAGGGCCCGGCCGCGAUCCGUCGUCCUCGCCGCUCACGCUCUCCGGCCGACCAAAUCCUUCUCCAGGCGCCACACCGACGACGAAAUGGCCGCUGCCGGGCACGCCGUCGUGCCCAAGUUCGGAUCCUGGGACGCCGAGAACAUCGGCUACACCGUCUUCUUCGAGAAGGUGCGCGACAACAAGCCCGCGCCACCCAAGCCGCCCGCCGCCGCCGCCAGCGACGACUUCGACCCGUACGAGCACUACGAGAACCUCAGCAGGAAGGUGCCGUCGCGCCCGCCGAGCUCGCACGGCCACGCGUCGGCGCCCGCCCCAAAGGCGCCCGCGGCCGGCGGCGGCUACGUCUUCGACCCCUACGACGACCAUUACGACAGCAGGAAGGUGCCGUCGCGCCCGCCGAGCGCGCACGGCCAUGGCCACGCGCCGGCGCCCGCUCCAAAGGCUCCCAGCGGCGGAGGGUACGACUUGGACCCGUACGAGCACUACGAGAGCCGCAGCAGCCGGAACGUGCCCUCCCGGCCGCCGAGCUCGCACGGCCACGCGCCGGCCGGCUACGACUACUACGACUCCUACGAGCACUACGACAAUCUCAGCAGCAGGAACGUGCCGUCCCGGCCGCCGAGCUCCCACGGGCACGCGCCGCCGCCGCACCACCACCGCCCGCCGCCGCCGCCGCCGCAGCAGCAGCAGCACCAGCACUCCGGCGGCCACGGGUAUCACCACCGGCGGACCGGGAGCAACGGCAGCAACGCGGCGUCCGAGGCCAGCAGCCGCGGCAGCAAGUUCUCGCCGCCCAGGCCGUACCAGCCCCGGUACAGCAGCAACAGCAACAGCUACCCGGCGCAGCCGCAAUCCGGCGGUCACGGCGCCGCCCACGCCGCCCAGUACCACCAGCAGCAGCAGCAGCAGCAGCACGGCGCGCCGAGGGCGGCGUCGCCCACGCCGUCGCCGCCGCGGCAGCACCAGCCCCCGCCCCCGCGGCGGCCCAAGCCGUCGGCGGUGCCCCGGUUCGGCGUGUGGGACGAGCAGAACGCGGCGAUGGCGGCGCAGGGGUUCACGGUGCAGUUCGAGAAGGUGAAGCGGCACCGGGAGGAGGCCAGGACGGCCCCCGCUCCGCCGGCGCCGCGACCGCAGCUGCAGGCGCUGGCUCCCGACCACACCGCGGCGGCGGCGGGGGCGCGGCGGCACGCGAAGAGGAAGCCCAAGAGGUCCUUCAUGUCCAGGAUGUACAGGUGCCUGUUCCCAAGGGUCAGGGAGUGUGAGUGAGUGAUCCAGUGAGGCCGCAGCUCGGUAAAUUACCACCAAACCAUCAACUGUACACGUUUUCUUCCACGCAGACUACUGUACUGUUCUAGAGCUACUUGAAAAUUUGUUUGUUCUUUGGUCAUUACCUCUGUAUACUGGUAUGUAUAAACUCCCAGCACAUUAUUAGUCAAAGUGCAUGAAAGAUCAUGUUGGAGUACACGUAUUAUUUA